AUGUCAUGGACAGAGAAGGUCAAACAACUUGGUGGUAUCCGCCAGGUACUUGGUGAAAACAUGUCUUUCAACAAGACAAAUUUUGGUAUCUUCAACGAAGCACAAAAUGGGAAUAUAGGAUAUGGUAAUCAAUUCAAUCCCGCUAUCCCGGCCUUACAGCUGGUGAACGAGCUCCGUGAGAAUCAGACUGCGUCAGGACUCGGUAUUCCCUAUGUCCUUGUGACAGAUUCUAUCAAUGGGAUCUAUUUGUUUAAUGGGACCUUGUUCCCCAGUACAUUAUCGAUGGCAUCAUCGUUCAAUGUUCCUCUCUAUGGAGAGGUUAUCGCUUCGAUCCGAGAAGAGUGCAAGGCAAUAGGUAUCAACUGGGUUCUAUCACCAGAAUUGGAUGUUGUGACGGAUCCUCGAUAUGGUCGGGUGGGCGAAACAUAUGGUGAAGAUCCAUACUUGAAUGGUGAAUUUGGCUUGAAGUAUGUUCAAACCAUACAAGAGAAAGAUAAAAAUGGGUUUAUGAAGGUCGCAGCCACAAUCAAGCAUUUUGUUUAUGGCUGGGAGGCUGGAGGUGUUAACACGGCGCAUCAGUAUGGGGGAAUCAAUCAUGUCUACAACGAUAUGCUGCCUCCAUUCAUAAAAGCCAUAUCCGAAGGUAAUCCAGCCUCUUUGAUGGUCUCCUAUGCUAGUCUUGAUCGGGUUCCGAUGUCUGCGAACAAGUUCAUGCUUCAACGGGUUCUCCGAGACGACCUCGAGUUCGAAGGAAUUAUCAUGUCUGAUGCUGGAGCACUGAAUGACCUAGCAGGGGAGUUUAGAAUCGCCCAGACUUCUCAAGAUGCCGCGAUCUUGGCUGUCAAGGCAGGUAUGCAGAUGGAACUUUCACCUGGAGAAGAGUCUGCCACGCAGACGCUGGUCAAUGUGACAAACGACGCCGAGAUCACAGCCUUGGUGUCGAAUGCUACAUUCAAAAUUCUCGAGCUCAAAUUCAAACUUGGACUUUUUGAUUUACCUCUGCCCUCAGUCGAAAAUGCUACCAAGAUCCUGCGUGCACCGGCCCAUCUCGAAGCAGCUCGCAAUAUGUCCCGCGAAUCCAUCGUACUGCUUCAGAAUGAUGGCCUUCUCCCUCUGAAGAACACAUCCCGCACCGUCGCAGUAUUAGGACCAUAUGCCUCAAUCAUCGAUCCGGGCUCCUACGCUCCCCACAGUACAGCGGAUGAAACCCACGGCAACUCCCUUCUCCAAAGCCUCCAAAACGCUCUCGGCUCCGAAAACAUCAUUCAUGAACCAGGCGUAGAUUUCCUCGACAGAUCAAACCGCACCGGCAUAGCCAGCGCAGUUACUGCAGCCAAAUCUGCCGACUUGGCCAUCCUAUCUGUAGGCUCACUAUCAGUCUACUCAAGCGAUCCCCUAUACGACAAGCGCACAGACGGAGAGUUUUUCGCACACGCCGACCUAGGUUUCCCAGGUCUCCAACAAGAAUUGAUAGACGCAGUCGUCGACACAGGCGUCCCUACAGUCAUAGUUCUCAACGGUGGACAAGCAUUCGUUCUGAACAACUCGACCCUCCGCGCAAAUGCAAUCUUACACACAUUUUUGGCGGGCGAAUAUACUGCCGACUCGGUUGUGGAGAUUCUAUCCGGACAGGUGAAUCCCAGCGGUAAACUUCCUAUCAGUCUUCCGCAGGCGAAUGGCGCGUUCCCUGUUGCGUAUAACUGGUUACCAUCUGAUAACCACGGAGGAUCUUCAGGCAGUCCAAUCUAUGGGUCGUCGGGUUGGCAGUUUCCGGCCAUUACGAUUGAGCCGCCUAUGGCGUUUGGAUUUGGGCUUAGUUAUACCUCGUUCAACAUGACGGCUGAGGUGAAGGAGGUCACGGAUGGAGGUGAUCCGACAUUUCAAGUUUCGGUUAAUGUGACGAAUACGGGGAGUGUGGCUGGGAAGGAGGUUGUGCAGCUUUAUUUCCGGCAGAGUUUAUCGACGAUUGAGUUGCCUGUUAAAAGGCUUAUUCGCUUUGUUAAGAUCGGCCUUGGAGCUGGACAGUCGGAGGUUGUCACUUUUGUGGUCCCGCAGGAAGAGAUGGGGUAUUAUUUGAAUAUGGAGUGGACUUUGGAGAAGGGCAGUUAUACUUUUUAUGUUGGGUCUAGUUCAAAGAGUGACGAUCUGCAGGAGUGGGAUGUCGCGAUAUAG